AACAAGGAUAACCCCAAAAUGUCACUUGAAGAUAUAAAACGAGUGACACAAAACUUUCAUGAUGACAAUUUCAUCGGUGGGGGAGGAUUUGGCAAAGUCUAUAAAGGAAACCUUCAAGAUGGAGAUGGAUUUAAAACCAUUGUUGCAAAGCGAUUGGAUACAAGGCUACUGUGAUGAAAAUGAUGAAAAAGUCCUUAUCUAUGAGUAUUUGUCCAAGGGAAGUCUUGAUAGGUAUUUGAAUGAUACUUCUCUUACAUGGAUGAAACGACUUAAUAUAUGCAUUGAUGUUGCAAGAGCGUUGGAUUUCCUACACAGAGGAGUGGGAAAACAAGCAAAGGUGAUACAUAGGGACAUCAAAACUGAAAACAUCCUGUUAAACAAUGAUUGGAAAGCAAAACUGGCUGAUUUUGGGCUUUCGCUAAUAUGUUCAAUAAAUCAGGAAACAGACUAUAUCAUGGAUCAUGCGUGUGGCACAAGAGGAUACGUGGACCCACUUUAUAGACAAUCGGGAUUCCUAACCAUAGAGUCUGAUAUUUACUCCUUUGGUGUUUUUUAUUUGAGGUUUUGUGCGGGAGAUCAACAUUUGAAAUCCAAAACAUGA